GAGCACAGCGCUAAAUCUUCGCUUUACAGGGUCAGGAGCGGUCAGCAGGCGAGCGGCGGGACGAACAACUCCACUGGUCGCUGUUAAACUAUUAGCUGCCAACGGGGUUUUAAGACCGACCGCUGUACCAGGGUCCUACAACUAAGAACCAGGGUCCAGCUGAAGUGGACAUGAGGGCAGCGUGCCUCAUCCUCCUCUCCUUCCUUGCGCUGUGCAACCUGAGCGGGACGCAGUGCCAGAACAUCCCCGCUGCUGAAGAGGAACCCGAAGAGCGCCCGAGCCUGGAGGAGAUCCUGCAGCGCGCGCAGACCCUGCUGAUGCGCGCCAUCAUCAAGAAGAUGGAAGAGGAAGGCAAUGCAGAAGAAACGUUCGCUCCUCAGUCAGAGUGGCUGGAGAAAAGGCAGCAUCCGGGGAAGCGCCAGCACCCGGGCAGGCGCGAGGAGGAGGAGGAGGAGGAGGACGGAGAUUACCCCGAGCUUCAGAAAAGGCAGCACCCGGGUAAGCGCUGGAUGCUGGAGCAGAUGAUGGAGACCCCCGGCGCGCAAAACGCGCUUCUAAACGAGCUGGCCAAGCGCCAGCACCCGGGGAAACUGCUCGUGCUGUACAGCAAGCGGCAGCAUCCCGGCCGGCGCGAGGCGGGCGCGGAGGAGCCGGACUCCGGUGACCUGUGGGAGAUGGACAAGCGGCAGCACCCGGGCAAGCGCUUCUGGGACGCCUCGCCUUCAGACGCGUCGGCAGGCACUCCCUGCGACCUGCUAGCUUCUUCCCCAGGGUGCAGCAAAGCCGGCCUGCUGCUCGAGUUGCUGCACAGCGCAAGCAAAAGCCGCGCGGAGGAAAAGCGGCAACACCCGGGCAAGAGGAUGAUCCUGGAGGAAGAUCUAAGUGAUGUGGAGUAGAGAGAUGAAGAGAAUUAAAACCGCAUCUAUAAACAAAUUUCCCCUCUGAGAGCCACAUGAGAUCUGAAGCCGUAGUUUAGAGACGUUUUUGUCUUUUCUGUGUUUUUUUUUUAUUUUAGGCAAAAUGGAAAAAAUGCUUUAUCAUUCUUGUGUGUCCAGAUAUGUCACUUAUGCUUUCAGCUUUAAAUAAGUUUCUGUACUAGUUAAGAUCAAAUAUGUUUAGCUGGCAGCUGGUUAGGCCGUGUCUUUAAAAUAAUAAAUAAAUGAAUAAAUACCGAAAAUAGUGCAACACUUUCCAAACUAAGCUAGGCUGACAUCUCAUGUGGCCAUACUCCCAGAAUGAACCGGUUUCUGCUUUCCACAAUAAAGCUAUUUGUGUUAGUUCUGUAAAACUGGAGUGAAUAUUUCCCCGCGAAAUGGGAGGCGCGAAUUAUUUUUCUACAGUAUGUACGUGCAUGAGUUUGAGAACUUGUCGAUCUGUAAAUUAUUUUUGUUUCUAUGGUUAUACAGCAUAAUUGUAAAUUAUAAUGAUGUAUAAUAAAAAUGCUUUCCAUGAGAA